AUGUGGAAGGACGUUCCGAUUGCUGGUUGGUCCGUUCCCCGGUUACCACGAGUAACGUAUAUCUUGCGUCGCUUUCUUCGCGCGUCCCCUUCGGGGUUCAUUGCAUAUAAUCGCGAAAAGAAGGCAGGAGAGCAGGAGAAAGCAGGUCGUUUGGAUGUCCGGGCCCCCACAGAAACCAAUCAUCCCAGGUCCACCUUUGUUCCGUGGCGGGAAUCCGGUACCAUGUCCCUCUCGACUUACGACCUUUCGGUUAUAGAGGAGUGGAGACAGAUGGUCAGUAGGGCCAACUCACUAGAUUGUCUUUCCCGCGUCAGGAGGUUGUUCACGAGCCUGCAGAAGAAUCUUUGCUUCCUCCUCACCCCCGUUAGGUCACCUCUACUCAACACCCGUACCCAGAUAGCCAUUGCACGGGUAGAGCCCGCGAAGGCCACGGGGCCAUCAGAUUUCAAAACGAGAUUCAACAACGGACUUCAGGCUACCUAUACAUCGGAGCCACUCCCUACCACAUGGUCAGCUUUUGAUCUUCCACGUCAUCCUUCCCCAGCUGUUGAAAGCUUUGGUUUUGUGAACGUACAAGCAAUUUUAGCCUCACUUCAGCCUUGGGAGCCACUUGAUCAUCAGACACAGGUCUUGUGGGAAAAACCUUUCCAACCUCAGGGCUCCAAUGAGUCAUUACUGGAUGCACCUUGGGUCCCCACAAGACAUGACGUGUAUGUUUACAUAAGUAAAGCUCUGGCUCUCUCACCAGCUACACAAAAUUGGCCUGCGGACGCUCGAACUGCCUUUGCUCAGACCAUCAUCACUCCCCUCUUGGAGCAGAUAGAUAUCUUCAACCAAUCAUUUAGCCAGAGACGAGCUUCUUUUGUAUGUCAAAGGUCCAAGCGGUCCAGUUUGAAAAGAAUCCCAACAGAUCGGACGACAGACAUCUCAUACACUCGGCUGUGGCAGUGGGAACUCUUUAGACGCUUAAGAGAAACACUGGGCCCAGGAUUACUGCUGCAGUCAUGUCGAUUAAUAGCGGAACAAGUCUCAGUCCCCAUCAGCAGUACAGCAGAAGUACGUCGUGGCUAUAAUACAGAUGGUGGGGAUUGGAUUGUUGUUACUGCCACACUGAUCUUUGAGGAUGAGGAUGGCUCAACAAGGGUAGUGGGAUGCCCUAGUGUGAUGGAACCUGACACUGUGGUGUGGACAGGUGAAUGGACCUCUCUGCAGGUUCCAGACUUCGACCCCGAUCACCCUUUUUGGGAAUGGAGCCUCCAAUGUGGUGAAGAGUACCGGAGAGGACUACUGAGGAAGGUUAUGUCAGACCCCUCCGCUCCACGCAAGAAUGGGGUUGAGCCAGCCCGGACUUCAUCCUGA